AUGGCCGGCUAUGAUUACAGUUACAGAUCAGGUUACUCUACCGGCAACAGGGUAGGAUCGUACACUGACCAAUGGGGCCAAACAAGGCAUGGCUCUCCUCCACUUGUUGAGCCAGUGAGAAAUUACGGCUAUGCUGCUGAUGACAAUUGGCGUAGGCCUCCUAGCCCACCACGACACGCCAUUGAUGGUUUCCACACCAGAAUCCACACUGAUGCUAGCCGUGAUCCUAGGGUUGGACCCUUCAAUGGCAUAACCUGGGGCCAACAACCCAAUCAAAUUGGAUACAAUGGAACUACGGGCUAUGGCGGCUAUAGUGACUACAGCAACAACACAUUGUACAAGCCUAAUGGAAACACCAUUCGGAAUGACAACUAUGAUGACUACCACCACAACCGCAAACAUGAUAGUGUCAUGGGGCCAAUCAAUCUGACGUCACACGGUGGCUACCACGGUAAGUCAAGCCAUUCAACAUGGACUUCUACACUUCCAGUUCGUGGUGAUGGCAAACUCAGCAUUCCAACAGAUGACAUGGAGAGGGCCCUGCACUACUUGAAGGAGAGUGCAAAGUCUUCAGCAUGGCCAAGAACAACAUGA